UCUUGUGCAGUUGUACUGAUCAGAAGGGUACUUCAAACGAAUGGUUCAAAUCCUUUGUUGUUGACAUAAAUACGGAUAAGGUAGCCUGAACUCAAGCCUGCCCUUAUUUCUCACUAGUUUAAUUGGUUGGCCUUUUGCCGAAUUGGAGCUGAAAAAAAAAAAAAAAGAACGGCUCCAGAUUGGACGUCAAAGAUGUUGCUCUUAUCACCUUCGCUUGCGUCGGUACUGUCACCGCAAAGUCGCAGCUACCAUGUCAACAGCAGAAGUACAAGACCGCACCGGCCGCUCAAGGUUGUCGGCAUGGCAAAGGAGACCACCGAUGGUGGUAAUGGCAUCAUAGAGAAAGUUGCAAUAGUCGGCGGGUUAGUCUCCACCCCAGUAAUCGCCUGGUCUCUCUACACCCUCAAGACAACAGGGUGUGGCCUACCUCCUGGACCAGGAGGUUCAAUAGGAGCACUGGAAGGUGUAAGUUACCUGGUUGUUAUCGGAAUUAUAGGCUGGUCCUUGUACACCAAGACCAAAACUGGCUCCGGUCUGCCUACCGGACCUUUUGGGUUGUUGGGAGCUGUAGAAGGUCUGUCAUAUCUGUCAUUGCUUGCCAUUUUAGUCAUCUUUGGAUUGCAAUUCUUUGAGAAGGGUUCCAUUCCAGGGCCUCUUCCAAGUGAUCAGUGCUUUGGCUGAGGACUUCCUCUAGAGGAUGAUGUGGUUAAUUAGGGCCACCACAAUUCUAUCUUUGUUCCUUCCGUGCGUGGCCAUGGUUCAUUGGAUUUUCUGAACAAUAUUUUCCCGGCACAGAUCAGUAUAUUCACAUGCAUCUGUCUCUACCUGUGCGUUUUUAGUGACUUCUAAGUUAAAAGAGUUUUUGCUCUAUACACAUGUUUACAAAUAGUGAUUUUGCUGGCUCAA